AUGGAAAAUAGCGGCAUAGCGGGACAGGGACGUAUAAGUCCUGUGACGGUUCCAGCGUUUAUUCCCGUUCUGGAUGAUGGUGUUACUUGGAAGAAGAUUUUUGUCGUGGCUAUUCUGCUAGCAGUGAACUUGUUGAACUAUAUGGACCGUUUCACGAUAGCCGGAUUGCUAGGAAGGCUCCAGGAUUACUUCCUCCUGAACGAUAAAGAAGCAGGAAUGCUGCAGACAGUUUUCAUUGUCUUCUUCAUGCUGUUUGCUCCUAUAUGUGGAUAUUUUGGCGAUCGAUAUAAUCGAAAGUUUAUUAUUAUAGCUGGUCUUAUAGUAUGGAUAAGCGGCGUAAUGCUGUCGACAUUUGUUGGACGUGAUCAUUUCUUUGUGUUUCUCUUUCUACGAGGAGUUGUUGGUAUUGGUGAAGCUACAUAUUCGACAGUAGCUCCUACCAUAAUCGGCGAUCUCUUCUAUGGUCCCAUGAGAAGUAUUGCACUGAUGGUGUUUUAUUUUGCCAUACCCGUUGGCAGUGGGCUAAGGAUUAUCGGUGGCUCAUCCAUCGCCUUGUGGACUGGUAGCUGGCAAUGGGGUGUCAGGUUUACCCCUUUGAUCGGCGUGCUGUUCUCUUAUCUUUAUCGUUUUUGGCUGGAAGAGCCAAAACGUGGGCAGGCAGAACACGCCCAGAUUGAACCGAGCACGUUGUUGCAGGACCUGAAGUACCUGAUUAGUAAGAACAUAUGUUUUGACGACGUUUGGAUUACAAGCGUCGUCUUUUGCGUUGGUGCUGCAAGUUGGUGGACACCACAGUUAAUGACUUACGCGUAUGGCAUUCAACACGGUAUUGAUGAUGUCCCAAAGGAUGAAGUGGCGCAUCUUUCGGUAAUAUUCGGAGCGAUUACAUGUUGUGCUGGAAUCGUCGGAAUAAUUGCUGGAUCUACGAUAGCUCAGGCCGUGGCGAUACGAGAAACUGGUGCUUUCGAGCUUCGCACCGCGCUGAUGCGUUCGUUUGUGCGGCUGGAUCCUUUCUCGCAGCUCCGUUACUGUUCACUGCUCUAA